AUGCUGUCUGCACUCUUUGGCGAGAAAGACGAGCUCAAGAAAGAAGAACUGCUAAGGUCCACGCAGACCCUCCACCACUAUGUGCACAAAUACUUCAACAUCACCAACAGACUGUUAAAGAUACUCAACACUCACCUGAAUCAAAGCCCUUCCCCUGCACUCGUAGCAAAUGAAAGUGAAAGCAUUGAGGAAAACUGUGGCAGAGUGAGAAAUGUUAUGCGCCUGAUCCUGGAUGUUUCUGAGAAGGAGAAUAAACACGUCCGUAAGAGCACUGAACCUGCUCUUUAUGAACGGAUUGCCUUCUCCGGAGCAUCACUGAAUGACAAGGCUGCAGUGAUAAAGGAUCUGCAUCAGAAGACCAUGGGACUCUUGGGGAACGUCUUCGGUCCUGUAAUCGCUGUGCGACUGGCAAACAGUGAUCUGGCGAGCGUAAUGCCUCCAGUGGAACACAACAAAUUUCAACCUGUUCUGUCGUUUGCUCUGGGAGAUCUAGUGCAGAGCAGUGCAAGAAUCACUGUGCUUCUGUGUAGAUCAGGAGAAAAGAGCCUAGAUGAAGCAGUACAGUUAGUGGAAGCUGCCCUGUCUGUUCUGAAGCCGCCCUGUGACUGUUACAAUGACAUUGUGUGUGAAGUGGAAGCCUACGUCACCAUCAUAUCUGAAAACAUGUAG